UAAAAGAAGCCAGUCUGAUUAAACUUUAUUAUUGAAGAUAUUGCAACAAUAUUCGCAAGUUCUAAAGAUGCGGCAAAUUCAGCAAGUUGUAUACAAUUUAUUAUAUUUGCAAUUUUUCAUCUGCAAUGUGUUCACAUUUGAUAUUGAUAUUUUACCGGAAGAAAAUACUAACGAUAUAAACGAUUUAAAGUGGAAUAAUGAAUGGAAAUGCAGCUCUAAUGAUGAUUGUACGGCAAAGAACAGUGUGUGCAGUAAUCAAUCGUGCCAGUGUCCGCCUGAAUAUAUCUUUAACGCCGAUAUGACAGCUUGUGUUAGAGUUGCAACUGGAUUAUACGAUACAUGCGAGGAGACAGUGCAGUGUUCGGCUUAUCUCUUCAGCGGUGCUAAAUGCGUGGAAAACGUCUGUAUAUGUGGUCCGGGUUCCUAUUAUCUACACGGUAGAUGCAAUCGAUACGUCGGUUUAUUCGAGGAAUGCAAGCAAAACAGCGACUGCUAUAUGAAUGCUGAUUUCGAGGCAAGCGUUUGCGACGUAGUUAAUGGAAUUUGCAAAUGUAGUCCUGGCUUUUAUCAGCGCGAGUAUCGCACUUGUCGGAGAGAGGGAAAAGUCGUCGGCGACGAAUGUACAGUUGAUAUCGAUUGUACUUUCGACAACGGAACGUGUAGUGAGUUCGUAUGCGCUGUAAAAUCCAAAGCUGAUAAAGCUAUCGAACUUUCGUCUGACGUCAUAUUAAUCAAAGGAAUUUUGAAUGAAACAACUCGGAUAGGCAGUAAUUGUACGACCGACGAGGACUGCGAAGUAGUGAGAAACGCCGUAUGCGGUCCUGGUGGAACGUGCCAUUGUGACCGUGCACAUUUCGCAUCCGACACAGACGACGAAUGUAUCCCAGAACUCGGGGAGCCUUGUCAAAAUGAUGACGUCAGCUAUAUCCAGAAAUCCAUUUGUCGUGACGGGAUAUGGAGUUGUACGAAAGGCACGGUUGCAUCUAAAGAUAAUCGCGAAUGCCUUAAUGCGACCAGAGAGUAUUUGGGAAAUUGCCACGUGGACGAACAGUGUUAUAUCUUUGGUCCAGACGCUAUAUGUAGUAAUAAUACAUGUGUAUGCAACGAAAAUGUUUCUCAUUACGUGGAGAGUGAACUGUUUUGCUGGGGAAACACGGGAAUCAACGAAACUUGUAAUCAAGACCGAGAUUGUUACGUGAAAGAUUUCAAAGGCAAUUUAACAUGUCACGCUACAUGCGGCUGUCCCGAUGGCACACGCUUAAGCAAGGAUGAAAUGAGUUGUGUAGGAUCAGCAGAACUUGGAGAAGCUUGCGAAAUAGACAGUGAUUGUUAUGUCCCGUCUUCCGUUUGUAAGAAACAAGUGUGCACAUGUGCCAAGAACUAUUAUGAAUCACAUGAGCUUUGUUUGCCAGGUAUCAAUGCUGAUUGCACGGGUAACGAAGGUUGCUCACCGAAUAAUUCCGUGUGUAUUUCGAAGAAAUGUUAUUGCGAGCCGAAUUAUGUGGCUGCGUCUAUUGAUUCAUGUAUACCAGUAUCACUGUUCGGCGAGCCGUGUUUACUGGAUAUUCAAUGUUCUGCCACUGCAACGGACGCAAUUUGUGCGUCUGAGAACAGAAAUGACACCGCGGUCACAACGGAAUCGUCGACAGAAUCGUCGACAGAAUCGUCGAUAAAAUCGACGACAGAAUCGACGACAGCAGAAGACAAAAUUUGUACUUGUAGUACAGAGGACUACUACAGAUUCGGAAGGUGUUUUAAGAAAAAAUGAAUUCCAGGUAGUGCAACUAGCGUCGUAUCCAUGGGACUUUUUUUAAUCGUACCUUUUGUACUCUCUACUAAAUUAUUUUAGA